ACUGAUCCAAAGGCGAGUCUUCGUUGUCGGACUUUCAUUGGUUGAAGGUAAAACCCACGUGGGCUAUAAUACACCAUGAAAGUAUAGUCACCAAAUCGCCGAUCUGUUACAGUGAGGUUGCCCAGCAGAGAUCUUGUCCCAGUCUCAUCUCCUCCUCCUCCUGUGUGAAUCUCCUAUCUCCCCAAUAUGCCAAGCGUAAAUCAGCUCAGUGAAGAGAAGGCACAGCUUCUAAAUGACAUCGCCAACACACUGCGUGUUCAUAGUAUACGAUCAACUAACAUAGCGGGUUCUGGACAUCCAACAACAUGUUGUUCUGCUGCCGAGAUGAUGUCCGUCCUGUUCUUUCACACCAUGAAAUACAAAGUAGAGAAGCCAAGAGAUCCGUCCAGCGACAGAUUUGUUCUCUCCAAGGGUCAUGCAGCCCCCAUUUUGUAUGCUGCUUGGGCAGAGGCUGGACUGUUCCCUGUCGGGGAUUUAGAUAAGCUGCGCAAAACAGGUUGUGACUUGGAGGGACAUCCAACACCACGUUUAGACUUUGUGGAUGUGGCUACAGGAUCUCUUGGACAGGGAUUGAGCUGUGCUGCUGGAAUGGCCUACACCGGCAAAUACUUCGACAAGGCCAGCUAUCGCGUGUAUUGCCUGUUGGGAGACGGGGAGACGGCAGAAGGAUCAGUUUGGGAAGCUCUGGCAUUCUGCAGCUACUACAAGCUGGACAACAUUGUGGCUGUCUUCGACAUCAACCGACUGGGACAGAGUGACCCCACGAGUGUACAGCAUGACAUGGACUGCUAUAAAAUCAGACUGGAAGCUUUAGGCUGGAAUGUUGUAGUUGUAGAUGGUCAUGAUGUUAGUGCGUUAGCUAAAGCUUUGGAGGACACAAAGUCUAUAUCUGGCAAACCUUGUGCGGUGCUGGGGAAGACCUUCAAAGGCAGGGGUGUGCCAGGUGUGGAGGACCAGAUGAAUUUCCAUGGCAAACCGUUAGGAGAAAAGGGUGAAGUGGCCAUUGCAGAACUGAAAAAGUUGAUAAAAAACCCAGGGCCUUACAAAAUCACUCCUCCAGCUCCAACAGAUGAUGCCAAAGAAGUGAAGAAUUCGAAAAUAACCCUGUCGGAACCUCCAAAUUACCAAAUGGGUGAUGUGCUACCCAUAAGAAAUUCUUACGGAACAGCAUUGGUGAAGAUUGCCAAGAACAGUGAUCAAAUAGUUGCUCUGGAUGGGGACAUGAAGAAUUCGACAUUUUCACAGAAACUUGCAGAUGUGUAUCCAAAUAGGUUUGUGGAGUGCUUCAUUGCUGAACAGAACAUGGUGGGUGUAGCUGUUGGUUGUGGUACAAGAGGGCGCACUAUUCCAUUUGCCAGCACAUUUGCAUGUUUCUUAACCAGAGCCUUUGACCAAAUCCGCAUGGCUGCCAUCUCUCAAGCUAAUAUCAAGUUCUGUGGGUCCCACUGUGGUGUCUCCAUCGGUGAGGAUGGUCCGUCGCAAAUGGCUCUAGAAGACAUUGCAAUGUUCAGGUCUAUUCCGGGAUCUACGGUAUUUUACCCCAGCGACUCUGUGGCGAUCGAGCGAGCAGUGGAGUUGGCGGCAAAUACUACUGGAAUCUGCUUCAUCAGGGCAACUCGACCGGUUACUCCGAUCAUCUACAAAAAUGACGAGGUGUUUCAAGUGGGCCAAGCAAAAGUUGUACGACAGAGCCCAGAUGAUAAGGUCACUGUGAUUGGGGCCGGCAUCACGCUGUCCGAGGCUAUGAAGGCGGCGGACAAGCUGGCAGCAUCGGGUGUGAAAAUCACAGUUGUUGAUCCAUUCACAAUUAAACCACUAGACGUAGACACCAUCAAAGAAGCUGCUAAGAAGACUGGCGGGAGAAUUGUUGUGGUGGAGGACCACUACCCGGAAGGUGGAAUUGGUGAGGCUGUUUCAAUGGCUCUGGGUUGCUGCCGGGACAUAGUUAUACGUCACCUAGCCGUUAGAGAUGUACCACGAAGCGGAAAACCGGUGGAGCUGUUGGAGCUGUUUGGGAUCAAUGAUGAUGCAAUUGUUAAGGCAGUGAACCAAAUUCUGAAGGAAUAAAUCCGACAUAACUCCCUAUUUCACAUUCCAUACAGUUUUGUGACCAUAUAUUAGUGCUACAAUUUCGAGGGUGUUAUUUUUUUAAAACAUUUUUGUGCCUUAAUGGUAUCUUUUUAUUGGUUUCUGUGCUCAUGAAAGGAAUCCACUCUUUGUUGUUGUACUCAAUGAAUUUCUUGUGGGGUUUAACAUUAAUAAAUCGGUAAACAACAGAA